AUGACCAACUACAAUUCAAUGGAUGUGGAUGAGUCCACUGUGUCCUGGGCAUCACUAGAUGAUCUAUACCUAGGGCCGGAUGAUGACAUAGAAUAUGAUUCUCCAUCAUCCAGAUCACCAGAUGUCUUGGCUGCAAUACCCAGUUUUCUCAUCAAUCCAGACUUGUACCUUGGGCCUGAGGAUGAUAUCAUCAAUGUGGAUGAGUUGCCGGAUUCUGCCGAUCCUAAGAUUGAUGUUCCAGCUGCAUCAGAAGCAUCUAUGUCAUUGGAUGACACCUGUAAUGAACUUCAGUCAGAGCAGCUGGAGCUCACUAACGAAGAUUUACGUUCGAUGGCCUGGGAGUUCCGACCAUUUGGGUCAUAUGAACACACUGGGUAUCAACUUGGUGAUUACAAACACUGUACCAGGGAUCUUCCUGAUCCUUCCAUUCCACUGCUACUCGAGGCCGAGUGA